CCCCACACAAGAAGAAGACAGUGUCCUUCAGCUCCAUGCCCAAUGACCGCAAGAUCAACAGCACAGCUGCCUGCAUCUCCCUGAUGCUGGAGGGCUGCGAGCUGAAGAAGGUGCGCUCCAACUCCCGCAUGUACAGCCGCUUCUUCGUGCUGGACGCCGACAUGCGCUCCGUGCGCUGGGAGCCCUCCAAGAAGGACUCAGAGAAGGCCAAGAUUGAGAUCAAAUCGGUCAAAGAGGUGAGGGUGGGCAAGAAGACGCCAGUCCUGCGCAGCAAUGGGCUCUCUGACCAGUUCCCCGACGAGUGCGCCUUCUCCAUCAUCUACGGGGACAACUACGAGUCCCUGGACCUGGUGGCCAGCUCGGCAGAUGUGGUGAGUGCCUGGGUGAUGGGGCUGCGCUAUCUGGUGUCCUAUGGGAAGCACAGCCCUGAGGCACCUGGGACUGGCCACCCCAGCCUCCGGACGUCCUGGAUCUCCUCUGUCUUUGACCUGGCUGACCUGGAGAAGUCUGGCCGCAUCCCCGUGUCCCGGGCCGUGCAGCUGAUCAAAGCACUCAACCCUGGCAUGAAGACGUCCACCAUCGAGCUGAAGUUCAAGGAGCUGCAGAAGGCCAGCGAGCGUCCUGGCACGGAGGUGGCCUGUGACCUCUUUGUGGAGGCGUACUGCGAGCUCUGCACCCGCCCUGAGAUCUUUUUCCUGCUGGUCCAGUUCUCCAGCAACAAGGAAUACCUGGGUGUGAAGGACCUGCUGAUGUUCCUGGAGGUGGAGCAGGGCAUGGAGGGGGUGACAGAGGAGAAGUGCUUGGAGAUCGUCAGCAAGUACGAGCCCUCCAAGGAGGGCCGGGAGAAGGGCUACCUGGCCAUCGAUGGCUUCACACGUUACCUGCUCUCUGCUGACUGCUCCAUCUUCGACCCCCAGCACCGCAAGGUCUGCCAGGACAUGGCUCAGCCCCUCUCCCACUACUACAUUAGCUCUGCCCACAGCGCCUGCCUGCUGGAGGACAACUUCUGGGGCCGCUCAGACAUCAGUGGCUACAUCAGUGCCCUGGGCUUGGGCUGCCGCAGCAUUGAGCUGGUGCUGUGGGAUGGCCCCGAGGGUGAGCCUGUGGUCUACACCAGCCCCUCGGCUGCCUCCUGCGUGCCCUUCCGUGCCGUGGUGGGGCUGAUCGACCAGCACGCCUUCACUGCCUCCGCCUACCCCCUCAUCCUGUGCCUGGUGGUGCGCUGCUCGGCCCCCCAGCAGCGGCUCGCCGCCCAGUGCCUGCGCAAGACCCUCGGCGAGAAGCUGUACCUGGAGCCCCCCAACCCCGUGGCCUCGUACCUGCCCUCCCCGGAGGAGCUCAAGGGCCGCAUCCUCAUCAAGGGCAAGAAGCUGCCGCCCACCUGCGAGGACAGCGAGGGGGAGGUGUCGGACGAGGAGGAAGGCUGGGAGCUGGCGCGGAGAUUGGGCCAGGAGGACCGGGAGGCACCGGAGGGAGGCGGCCUGAGGCGGGUGCGCCUCAGCCGUGAGCUCUCGGAGCUGGUGAGCCUCUGCCAGGCUGUGCCCUUCCAGGACUUUGAGAGCUCCAGGCGUGGGCAGCGCUACUGGGAGAUGUGCUCCUUCAGCGAGGUGGAGGCGGGACGCUUCGCCAACGAGUGUCCGGCCGAGCUGGUCAGCUACAACAAGCGCUUCCUGUCCCGCGUCUACCCCAGCCCCAUGCGCAUCGACGCCAGCAACAUGAACCCCCAGGACUUCUGGAAGUGCGGCUGCCAGAUGGUGGCCAUGAACUACCAGACCCCAGGGCUCAUGAUGGACCUGAAUGCGGGCUGGUUCCGGCAGAACGGCGCCUGUGGCUACGUCCUCCGCCCGGCCAUCAUGCGGGAGGAGGUCUCCUACUUCAGUGCCAACGCCAAGGACUCCCUGCCCGGCGUGCCUGCCCAGCUCCUACACCUCAAGGUCAUCAGCGGGCAGAAUCUCCCCAAGCCCAAGGGCUCGGGGGCCAAGGGGGAGGUGGUGGAGCCCUACGUGUGUGCUGAAAUCCACGGCAUCCCGGCUGACUGCGCCGAGCACCGCACCAAGACCGCCCUGCAGAGCGGGGACAACCCCAUCUUCGAUGAGAGCCUGGAGUUCCAGAUCAACCUGCCGGAGCUGGCCGUGCUGCGCUUCGUCGUGCUGGACGACGACUACAUCGGGGACGAGUUCAUUGCCCAGUACACCAUCCCCUUCGAGUGCCUGCAGCCUGGCUACCGCCACGUCCCCCUCCAGUCGCUGGCCGGGGAGCCCCUGCCCCACGCCACCCUCUUUGUGCACGUGGCCAUCACCGACCGCCGUGGCGGGGGCAAGGGGCACCGCCGGGGGCUGGCGGGGCGCCGGGGCCGCCGGGUGAGGGAGUACACCUCCACCAAGGCCACUGGCAUCAAAGCCAUCGAUGAAGUCUUCAGGACGGCCACCCAGCCGCUGCGGGAGGCCACGGACCUGCGGGAGAAUGUGCAGAAUGCGUUGGUGUCCUUCAAGGAGCUGUGUGGGCUGACACCCGCUGCCAACAUGAAGCAGUGCAUCCUGACGGUGUCCACAUGGCUGCUGCACAGUGACAGCGCGCCCAGCGUCACCCUGAACCUGGCAGAGCAGUACCCACCCAUGGAGGCCCAGGGGCCCAUCCCCGACCUGCUGCGCAAGGUCCUCACUGCCUACGAGACGAUGAUCCAGACCAGCAGGACCCUGAUCGAGUCUGCCGACGCCGUGUACGGGAAGCUCAUCCAGGCACAGCAGGCAGGGAUGGAUUUCCACAAGGAGCUGCACCGCAUCGAGACCAAGGAAGGGCUGCGGGGCCGCAAGCUGCAGAAGGCGCUGGAGAGCUUCGCCUGGAACAUCACUGUCCUCAAGGGCCAGGCUGAUCUCCUCAAGCAGGCCAAGGCGGAGGCUCUGGACAACCUGUGGCAGAUCCACAACGCGGGGCAGUCCUGCGGCAUCGGCAGGAACGGAUCAGCCUCGCCCGAGCCCUCCCGGCUGCAAGCCCCGCUGGAGCCGAUCCCUGAGACAGACGGAGGUGGCGACACAGCGUCCUGCUGACCCCGGUCUGGGGCUCGGGGCCCGGACUGAGCAGCCCUGGCCGCAGGGGCCGGGGGCAGGGAGCCCCAGCCUGCCUGGGCAGUGUCUGUGAG